GCAUGUCUACGUGUUGCCUGUCUACGUGUUGCCUGUCUACGUGUUGCCUGUCUACGUGUUGCCUGUCUACGUGUUGCCUGUCUACGUGUUGCGUGUCUACGUGUUGCCUGUCUACGUGUUGCCUGUCUACGUGUUGCGUGUCUACGUGUUGCGUGUCUACGUGUUGCGUGUCUACGUGUUGCCUGUCUGCGUGUUGCCUGUCUGCGUGUUGCCUGUCUACGUGUUGCCUGUCUACGUGUUGCCUGUCUACGUGUUGCCUGUCUACGUGUUGCAUGUCUACGUGUUGCCUGUCUACGUGUUGCCUGUCUACGUGUUGCAUGUCUACGUGUUGCCUGUCUACGUGUUGCCUGUCUACGUGUUGCCUGUCUACGUGUUGCCUGUCUACGUGUUGCGUGUCUACGUGUUGCGUGUCUACGUGUUGCCUGUCUACGUGUUGCCUGUCUACGUGUUGCCUGUCUACGUGUUGCGUGUCUACGUGUUGCCUGUCUACGUGUUGCGUGUCUACGUGUUGCGUGUCUACGUGUUGCGUGUCUACGUGUUGCCUGUCUACGUGUUGCGUGUCUACGUGUUGCCUGUCUACGUGUUGCCUGUCUACGUGUUGCCUGUCUACGUGUUGCGUGUCUACGUGUUGCGUGUCUACGUGUUGCGUGUCUACGUGUUGCGUGUCUACGUGUUGCCUGUCUACGUGUUGCCUGUCUACGUGUUGUAUGUCUACAUGUGCAGACCCAGGGUCUGGGUACAGCUUUAAAGGUCCUGUUCUCUGAGAAGGAGAUCCAGAACCUUCCAGAACACAGUCCGUCUAAAGGCUUCCAGCUGACUCGACAGGAGAUCGUGGCGCUUCUGAACGGAUUUGGAAGGUUGUCCACCAGCAUACAUCAGCUCCACAACUUCCGUCUGCUGCUGAAGGAGAACAGGUAACAGGAGGUGAUGCUCCACAUGGCCACUGGAUGGCGCCAGCCCUCACAGAACUGCAGCAGUCUCGUUCCCGGCCAGAAGAAGUGUUGAAGCUGACAACAACCUUCCUCAGAUUUGAUCUCCUUCCCCCCCGUAUCCUCCUCCAUGUGGUGGACCAUGAAUGUUCUUCUGCCUCCUCUGGCCUUCAGCAGAUGUUCUUCUCUGCUGUCACACCUGGCUGCCAGGUGACUAACUUUCACCUUUUGUUUUAAAUAAGUUUUAGUGUCUUUUGGGACCCUGAUAAAGCUGCAGUCAACAGACUGAAGGAGAUGAUGAGAUGUUUGGAUGGAAGUUCACCCCUCAGACAGACUGCAGUCCUGAUGGAGGGUUCAGUAGAAACGGGCUGGUUUCAUUUGUCUGUGAGGAGAUCUGCUUCAUGAAUCCUUCCUACAGAACGUCUCUCUGUGGUUUUCUACUCAUCAUGUGUCUUUACUGAGGAUGCAGGAGAACUUCCAGAAGAAGACCUCAGUCAAGAUAAAGAGAAGAAGGAGCUGCCUAGUUUAUUUUACCGUUUGUUUGUUUUUCUUAGCUGCCUGUCUUAUUGUAGCUUUACAUUUUUAGUGUCUUUUUAUUUUUUAUUCCCCUCAUGUCCUUCUCACCCAGAGAGGUUUGGACCAACGUGAUCAUGAUGGAACAUCUCAGGCCUCGUUUCCGUCACGCUACAAAAGCUCUGUGUGUUAGUGUGUGUGCAGAUGGGAGGAAUUACCAUUAUCGAGUGUGUGUGUUUUCCACAGCUAAGGAGAAGUGUUGCAGUCGGUCUGGUGGAUCUGAUUCUCUACGACAGGAGAGUUCAACUCAUCUUAGUCCAGGUUCCACAUCCAGUCCAGUCUGACCUCCAGUAAAACCAGUAAAACCACAGCAGAAUAACCUGUAAAUAACCACAACUCCUGAUAGUUCCUUUGGUUUAGUGCAGGAAUGUUCACAUUUAAGGAAUUAUCUUUUUACUAAACAACAUGAACAACCUGAAAUUUAUGAAGAAAAAUAAAUUUAAUUUCAACAAUAAUAUGCCUCAGUGUCAUCAAAAAAGGAACAAAAUGACAAAGAACAGACAAAAAACAACAAAAUUCAGACAAAAGGAAAAACAAAACGACAAAAACAUGAGACAUGACAAAAAAAUGACAAAAAAUAAGACAAAAUAUUACAAAAAUGAGACAAAAUGACACAAACGAAAACAAAAAAGAGACAAAAAAGUCACAGAGCGACAACAAAUGAGGCAAAUGAAAAACGAUACAGAAAAUGACAAAAAUAAGACAAAAAGGACACAAAACGACAACAAACAUGACACAAACGACAAAAAUCGGACAAAAAACAGACCAAAGGUUACAAAAAUCAGACAAAACGACAAAGAACAAUCUAGUAUUUUACUCUGAUCCAAACAACGUGUCAUGGUCUAGAAAUGAUUUUAAAUUUAUAGUUUUACUAAUUUACAAUCUGCAGUUAAUGUCUUCUCUGUAAUUUUUACACUUUGAGGACCUGAUGGACCCUCUGGAGGACCACUUUUGGAUCACGGGCCUCAUGGUGGACCCUCUGGUCUAGAAUGAUCUUCAGUUUUUACACAAACCACAGAGCAACAUGAGCUGAUGUUUUUUGGACUUAGUGGGAGAUAAGAGACGACUUUCAGCUUGUUGGAGGUCAGAGCAGGAAACGGUUGGAGUUUGUUUUAGAGGAAGCUGCUGGUGUGUUUAGGGAUCAUUGACUGUAUAAGACUUACAGUUUUUUUUCUGUAAAUAAUGCAGAAAAUGUAGAGGAUAAGGUAGUUUUGCUGUUUAAUAAGAUUACAGAUCCCCUUCAAGGUCCAUGUUUUCUAAAUCAGUGACUAACUGCUGCUUCCAGUGAUAGUUUUUAUCUGCAGCGUUUAAUGACAGAGUGCUAGAGGAGCUGAAUCCUAAACGUUACCAUCUUUUACUUUUUUCACACAUUCCUGAGGCGUGUGAUUUCAAACCAUGAUUAUAUUUGUGUUUAUUUAUUUGUCUGGUUCUGAACUAUGUCCUCCAGCAGCUGGACUUCCUCUCCUGUCUGCUCUCCAGCCUUAAAACCAAAUCACCGCUUUGGAAAAAGACAAAAAAAGUGAAGCUGCUUCAGAUCUUCAUGUUGAGUUUAAAUCUGUACAGUUUGUAAAGAAGAGAAGGCAGCGCAGGUUGAACUUCUGUUUGUUCUGCUUCCAGAGCUCUAUGGACGUACAUACAUACAUAUAUAUAUAUAUAUACAGCUGCACCAUGCUGAUGUGUACCUGCUGAGUAUAUUUAUUUGAAAAGGAAUAAAUAUUUCUGGAUAACAUCAA